AUGAAGGAGGAGGAUGAGGGAGAGUCGGAGGAUGAGGGAGAGUCGGAGGAUGAGGGAGAGUCGGAGGAUGAGGGAGAGUCGGAGGAUGAGGGAGAGUCGGAGGAUGAGGGAGAGUCGGAGGAUGAGGGAGAGUCGGAGGAUGAGGGAGAGUCGGAGGAUGAGGGAGAGUCGGAGGCUGAGGGAGAGUCGGAGGCUGAGGGAGAGUCGGAGGCUGAGGGAGAGUCGGAGGCUGAGGGAGAGUCGGAGGCUGAGGGAGAGUCGGAGGCUGAGAGAAAGAAAAAAGUGAAGCGGAGAGAAGAGAAAUAG